GGGCGGUGCUAAGGAGGAGCUUUACAAGCAGGCGGGAUCGACAUGAACGCCAUCUGUCCCCUGCUUCCGUGAAACCCUAGCCUAGUGCUAAGACAUUUAAUAUUUUCAGACUGACGGUCAUAUCCGGUCAAAGGCGGAUGUAGGCGGGGCCUACAUCUCAAGCUGCUCCGUCAUUGGUUGAAAGCCUCCCAACUGUUUUGGUUUAAAUAAAUGGCUGCGAAGCUCGACUCAACGACAGCGAUAAUAAUAAUAAUACGAACUCCGCUUUCUAUUUUACGAGCGCAAUUGACACAAGAAGGAAUCUGAAGGAAUCGCACGUGAUUAAUUGCUCGACUGUCUAUCGGCGCAGGGGAAGAAGAUGGUGACCAAGAGGAUCCGCUCGGAGUACAUGAAGAAAUUUAAAGACCCCAAAUGGGAGACUUACGCGAAAUGUUACGAAGAGAUGCUGAAGUACAGGCUGGCUCGCAGACUCCUGGAGCAAUCACACAACCCCUGGUUCUGGAGUGGAUCUGACAGUGACUCGGACUCCGUGGGAGGAAAUUCACCUCAGGCCAGCAGGAGUCAGGCUCAGUGUUGUGGGAAAGGUGAUGACCCUGCAGGGACCCAGCUGCAAGAGUGCCAGGGGGCCGAGGCUGAUGUACCAAGACUUCCUGUCCUGGAGAAGGACGAACAUGAUCGCCAUGCUCAAGGGGUCAGAGAGUCAUGUGCACCAGAGAAGGAGAGAGGCCCGCAGAGUGACAGUAAACACAAAAGUGUUGCUCACAGGGAACCACAAACGGUGUCUAAGCCUGAGCCAGAAAAAGAACCUGCAGGUUCACAGACGCAGCAGACAAAGCCACAGAGACUUUCCAGGUUUACAUGCGGCCGACGGGUCAAACCUCCACUGGCGCGGCCUCCAACUGAGGACAGCAAUCAUCCUUUUGCUCUGUAUGCUUCUGGUGAGAAGGAUGCAGACAUUGCGGCCAGAAAGACGCACAACGUCCGACCUGCUGCUUCGACCGAUCAGAUCCAUGCGUCCGCUCUAAGGGCAAAGUCCAGACGGGAGGCAGAGCGACAGGUCCAGACUCAGCGAUGCGGGCGGCGCAGAACCAAGUCGGCCGAUAUAGACAAAGCCAGAAAGACGGUUCAGCCUGAGUUUAACCCUUGGCUCACUGAGUACAUGCGCUGCUUCUCUGCUCGCUCUCGAUGAAACACAUACACACUUAACAAGACAAAGCCAUUAUUGCCCAACACGUUAAUUGGCUAGUAGGCUAUCAUUGAAAGUCACUCGGAAGGACUUAAAAAGUGGCGGUGACAAUGUAAUCCUAAUGGAAACAUCUAGAAAUUUAGAUGUAAAGUCAGCUCUUUAGGAAUCUUAAAGCCAUACUUGGAUCCAGUCCCUUUAAACACAUGCUGAAUAAGAGGGGGCGACUAUUUCUUUACUAUUAAUGGAUUAGUAGUGGUUCGCAUGUCUGGUUUAGGGUUUGAUUCUCAGCUCCAGCCUUCCCGUGUCGGGUUUGCAUGUUCUCCCCGUGCUUGCGUGGGUUUACUCCAGCUUCCUCCCACAUUCCUAAAACAUGCUUGUUCGGGUUAUUGAAGACUAAAUUGUCCAUCGGUGUGAAUGUGAGUGUAAAUGCUUGUUUAUGUAUAUGUGCCUUCUGAUAGAUGGCAACCAGUCCAGGGUGUAAAGUCGGCUAGGAUAGGCUCUAGCUCACCCGCAACCCUAAUAGGAUCAGCGCUCUAGAAAAUUAUACUCCAAGACUGAUUGCAAUGUAACUAAAAGAAAGACAAGGGUACAUUUAGAAAAACUUAGCCAGUUUUUAACGCUUUUGUCAUUAGAAUGUGAUCAACACAAAGAAUGUGCAUCCCUUAUCGAACACGUAUUAAGACCAUUGUUUUUUUGUUUUGUGUUAGACAUACAAAAAUGUCUAACUGACAGUUUUACCCAUUGCUGUUGUAGAUGAACUGGUGAUAUUGUUACAAUUGUUGUAAUGUGCAUGGACGCUAAUCACUCUCCCACUUUUUCCUAAGGUCAUCUGAUGACUGUGUGAGAGAUACUGCCAGUGUUGCAGUGGUUAUAUUCAGUGCUGUUAUACGUGCUAGCUUAUCAGGUGUUUCAACUACUAAUGUUGAAUUGAUUAAUCAGAAUUGUAAUUUAAGACAUUUAAGGCUUAUGAGGCCAAAAUUGAAUCAAAUUCAUCAUAAAGUGGAUAUUAGGCCAAAUAAUCUCUAAUGGUAAACCAUUUAGCCCACUUGAAGGGCUAACUCAGCUCUGUGCCAUACAAUGAAAUUGAAGUGAGUUGAGGCCAAAAUAAUUGUGAUUUUGUUGUUGAGCAUUAGGUUUUACUGCACGUUUAAUGUAACUGAAACAGUAUAAUUCUAUAAAUAUAAUUUAGAAUAAAGAUGUGAAAUUUUGUGCAAUAUGAAGACACUGGAAAUAGUGUGAAGUUGGACAAUCUCAAAGCUGAAUCUUAAAGUUUGUUCCUCUUUUGCUUUACUUCUUGUUGAUAGAUGCUCUUUUUUCAGUGAAGAAUGUUCAUUGAUAUUACAGUAGUAAAAUAGAGCAGCAGAUAUUCAGUCUGCAUUAAAAGGUUUGGUUUAGUAUACAAGUUAAUGUUUUCUUUCCUUUCUCCACUCAUCGUCUUGACAUUAAUACAACUUACUCAUGAUAAAAGCAAUGUUACAACAACACGUAAAAGUUCCAUAUAUUUUUUGUCAUGUUUACCUUUUAAACUUUCAAUAAAUACUGUUUACACCA